UUUUCUUUACCCAGUAAAUAAAUACCCCCUCGCCCGCUUCACUGCUUUCCCUCUUCCUUUCUUCCCCACCGCACCCCGAUCUCUGCCCAUUUUGUUCUCUGCAACGACAGAAGGAAGAAGAAUCAGACCGCCAUUAGAAGAGGGAGCAAGAGAGGUUCAAAUGGAGAGUGGAGCUGGAAUUGCGAGGGUGGAUCUGGACGGGAGGCCCAUCAGGCCGCUGACGAUAUGCAUGAUCGGCGCCGGCGGCUUCAUCGGCUCGCACCUGUGCGAGAAGCUGAUGGCGGAGACGCCGCACAAGGUGCUGGCCCUGGACGUCUACAGCGACAAGAUCAAGCACCUCCUCGAGCCGAGCACGCUCCCUUGCCCUUGGGCAGGUCGCAUACAGUUCCACCGCCUCAACAUCAAGCACGACUCCCGCCUCGAAGGCCUCAUCAAGAUGUCGGAUCUGACGAUUAAUCUUGCUGCGAUCUGCACGCCUGCGGAUUAUAAUACGCGUCCUCUGGACACAAUCUACAGUAACUUCAUCGAUGCACUGCCUGUGGUGAAGUAUUGUUCGGAGAAUGGCAAGCGUCUCAUUCACUUCUCUACUUGUGAAGUAUAUGGGAAAACCAUUGGUAGCUUUCUCCCAAGGGAUCACCCUCUUCGCCAGGAUCCUAAAUAUUAUGUCCUUAAAGAAGAUGAAUCGCCCUGCAUAUUUGGCUCGAUUGAAAAGCAGAGGUGGUCCUAUGCUUGUGCAAAGCAGUUGAUUGAGAGGCUCAUUUAUGCCGAGGGGGCAGAGAAUGGCCUUGAGUUUACAAUCGUGAGACCUUUCAACUGGAUUGGACCCAGGAUGGACUUUAUACCUGGUAUUGAUGGUCCAAAUGAGGGUGUUCCUCGUGUACUAGCAUGCUUCAGUAACGCUCUCCUGCGUCAUCAGCCCCUCAAACUUGUUGAUGGUGGCCAAUCUCAACGGACCUUUGUUUACAUAAAGGAUGCCAUUGAAGCCGUUCUGCUGAUGAUUGAAAACCCUGCCAGGGCAAAUGGUCAUAUUUUUAAUGUUGGCAAUCCCAACAAUGAAGUUACAGUCAGGCAGCUUGCUGAAAUGAUGACUCAGGUGUACGCAAAGGUUAGUGGAGAGGCAGCUUUAGAAGAGCCUACAGUUGACGUGAGCUCGAAAGAGUUUUAUGGUGAGGGAUACGAUGAUAGUGAUAAGAGAAUACCUGACAUGACCAUUAUCAACAGGCAACUAGGUUGGGACCCCAAGACAUCUCUGUGGGACUUGCUGGAGUCGACCCUUACCUAUCAGCACAGGACAUAUGCUGAGGCUAUCAAGCAGACACUAUCAAAGCCUAUCGCAUCAAGCUAAUGAGCUGGAUUUGCAGAAACUCGUCGGGUUGAUAUAGACCAGCCAUUUGAAUUGUCGGUCCUCUCAUAUUCCUUUUCUGAUGAAGUUGGAAGUAUCUAAGUGGUGGAUUUGAUUCUGCGAUGCACUACAUUCUUUUGCCUUUCUGCUGCCACAGUGUCUGUAGCUUCGAGCAUCUUCAUUUGGGUUGUAGCACAAGACUCGCUGAGGAAUCAUAUCAUAUUGUUGUAACUCUUGUUUCUGAGCUUUCGGCUGUGGGGCAUAUAGUACAGGGGCAGCAACUGUAUCAGUUGGCCAAGAGAACGUUGUUAUCUUUCGUUCACUUGUAAUAUUUCUUUUUAUCCAUUAAAGGAUGAAUCAUUCAUUUACAUCAAUGGGUACGUACGAGCUGUCUUCCUCUGUGAUCUGUAGAGUUUGUCAUUCAGAUUAAGGGGAAAUGUAAAUUGUUUCA